AAUCAUUCAUAAUCAUUCAAAGAAUCAUGGCAACAUGGGAUGUUCAGUUCAGUUAGAUACCAAGACUAGCCUUAAUACAGUAGAUUCAGAUUCAUUAGAUACAGGAUGUAGCAACGCUUGUAUUGCGCAUUCAUGUGGCAAUAUGGGCUCAAGCUGCAUUUUUCGAGGCCAGGUUCCUAGUUUCUCACACAUCAGAUCACGUCAGACUCUUCACUUCAUCCCCGAUGGUGAAGAAGGUGAAAGUUGAAAAGGCCAAGAGUGACAAGUCAUCCUGCAAAAAGUGCCAGAAGAAGAUCGGCUUUGGUGAGUUGAGAGCAGGAAUCGAUUGCUGGAUGGGAGGCAGGACAGUGACAGCCUGGCUACACAUGAAAUGUAUGGCCGAAUGCUUCAAGUUCGAUCGUUGCAAAGGCAAAGGAAAGUGCAAGCUUUCGGCGGAGACCAUGGAAAAAGGUGAAGCCCGACUUGAACUUGCCAGAGAGUAUACAGGCAUUUUCUUUAAGCUCAAGCACUCGGGUGCCGCACUGGCCGACUUUCUCAAAGAGAAAGCGAUGGACCCCAAAUCCAUCAAGGGCUACAAGGUGUUGGCAACAACCGAGAGGAAGCUUCUGUGGAAGCCAAGAAAUACUCGACGAGCUUGAGAUGGCCUGCCCAUCUAGCUUUCACCAUUUCCUCCUUUUACCUCCAUUUACCUUGCUGUAAGAGCACGGAUUGGAGAAGAAGCGCUGAUCAAACGAUGCGCUGAGUACAGGAUAAGCAUGGAGAAAGACAAUCCUGACAUGAU